CUGUCGUGUGUCCACCCGCCAGGCGUUUACUCGGUGAUCGCCCGUCUGGAGCCCAUGGGAGAAGCCCGGAGCACCGCCCAGCUUUACCUGUCGGGCAAAGAGGUUGGGUUAGGAAGGGCUCCUCAGGGUGAGUAUGUGAGGGCAGGAGGGGGCUUUGAGGCUCUGAUAGGGUGUGUGGGCUCACUGGCUCCCAGAGAGAGCUCAGCUCUGAUAUUUGUGGCCCAAUCCCCAGACGUCCCGGACAGCCCGGUGCCCGUCCCAGAGGCCGCCUCCAUGGUGGUGAGCCGAGCAGAGGUGAAAAAAGCAGUAGAGGAGAUUGUAGAGCGGACCCAGACGGGGCUCAGAGGAGACGUCCCUGCAGCUCCUGAGGUUUACAGCCGACCAGAGGAGAAACCCUCUGAGCGCAAAGCUCCGCCUCCACCGGCCGCCCCAGCGCCUGAACCGAAGAAGCCCCAGCCCGAGGCCACUGCUCCCCGCCAGAGGCAGGAGGUCCCAGCUCCAGCAGGCCAGCAGAAGCUGCCCCCAAAGGGCCCAAACCGGAGCCUGAAGUUCAACCAGUCCAGAAAACACCUAAGCCCAGAGAACUCCCAAAGUCAGAGGAACCUGUGGUUGGACCAGCCGCAGUGGCUCCAGCCGAAGUGCCGGAUGUACCCAGACCAGAGGAACCUGUGGAACACAAACCUGCUGCACCUAAAGCUGCUUCUCCCAAGCCUGAAGCUGCCCGAGCUAAAGCCUGUUGUUCUCUUGGUGAUGACCUGGACGUCUUGUAUUUCCAAAGUAUCUCGUCCAGAGGAGAAGAAACCGUCUGCGCCAGCAGUACCAAAGCCUUCACCUCCUCCUGCAGCUCCAGUUGCCCCAGUGCCGAAGGAGCCGUCUGCGCCAGCCGUGAAGGCUGAACCUUCCCCCGUGUCAAAGAAAGUCUCUCCACCUCAAGGGACACCUAAGCUGAAGAGUAAGAUCACCAAAAUGCCUAAAGAGAAGGAACCAGAGCCAGAGGUCAUUAAGCUGAAGAAGGUUCCAGUGAAACCUCCAGAACCAGAGAAACAAGUCAUCACUCACAAAGCAGAAGUUACUAGACAUCAGGACCCCGAGCUAAUGGUUCGUGGGCUUCAUGACAGAGAAGAUCGAGAGAUAAUAACUCUGGGAAAAAUUGAAAAAGUCUUCACUGCAGACGAGGAAGUGCUUCAAUUAGCCUGGCAUGAAGAGUCUACCAUAAUUAAAGCUGAACAAAUAACAGAAAAGGAAGGCUGGACAAGAACCCCCAAACCACAGACCGGAGAAGAGCCUGGGCGUCUUGGUGUAGACAAGAAGAAAAUUAAAAAACUACCAGAAGCAGAUGAGCAAAAAGAAUCUGUUCAACUAAAACCAUUCAAGAAAGGAGGGAAACCAGAACAAGAGCCCCAACAGGUCAAACUGAAACAGGUGCCCACUAAACCCAACAUCCCUGACAAGGAAAUCAUAACUCAAAAGGUUGAAGUAACAAAGCAUUAUGAAGCGGAACUGACGGUUCAGAAACUUCAGGACAGAGAGAAACAAGAGGUGGUGACUCUGGAAAGUAAAAACGUCUUUACUGCAUCCGAGGAAGUGUUUGAACUCAGCCAUGAGAAGGAAACUAAACAGCUGGAGGCAGAAGAGGAGAAGUCCAAAUGGACAAGAGCCCCCAAAUCUCUGAAAGAUAAAGUACCUGAUCCAGAUCUAACCAAGAAGAAGAUAAAGAAACUUUCUAAGGAAGAUGAGGAAGGAGAAACAGUGACUCUGAAACCUUUUGAUAAAGCUCAGAAACCAGAGGCACCCAAAUCUACCAGAGACGUCCAGGCAAAGACGGACAGCAGGCAGACUCCUUUGAAAAAGGGAGUCGGGCUGGACAAAGAUCAGCCUGUUCCAGCAACCCCAGAUACCAGCAAAGCCCAGCUAUUGCAGAAGGAAGGCAUUGAUCAAGUACCUAAAGAGGAAGAGCCCACAGAAGCCACAAAGCUUAAAGGGACGUCAAAGAUGAUGCCUACUCCGGAUCAAAAGCAGGACCAGGUUAUGUUGAAGCCUGUGACCAAAGUCACCAAGUCUGAUCAACCACCAGAGGCAGAGACAAAGAAGCCAAGUCAGUCUCCAAGAGAUGAAAUUACCAAAGACCUGAAGACAAAAGCUGCUGAGAAAGUAGAAAAACCUGAAAAUAAAGAGGAGUCAUCCACAAAACCCAGCCCUCUCGGACAGGAAGCUAUAAUCCCGAUAAAAGAUGCAGAGCCCCAGAAAAAAGAUGCUGAGCCCAUAAAAACCUCUUCACCUACGGCCGGGGAGCAAAAGCCGGAAGAGAAGCCUGUCAAACCUGUUGAGCAGCUAAAAAUGGUAGGGCCCAAGAAGAGCCCAUCACCGAAGGUGGACACACCAAAGCCAAAAGAACCAGAGCAAGUCCCUCCUGAAAAGAAGCCAAGUCCUGGCAAAGUCAAAUCGACCCCCAAAGCAGUUUCCCCCAGAAACUCCAUUGAGGCAGUUAAGCUUAAAAAGGUCCCCACCAAGCCUUCACCAGAGGAACCAGAACAGCCUGGCAAGGAGAAGAUCCCGGUCAUGAAAGAGGUCUCCCCUGGAGCCUUACAGUUAGAAAGGGUGACGACGCAACCAGAGGAGGAGGUGGCAGAAGAAGUGGCUAAAGAGGAGGAAGAACAGGAAGCGGAGGAAGAGGCCUGGGGCUGGGAGCUGGUUCCCUCUGAGGAUUGGGAAGGUGAACCAGAAGAGGGGAUGCUGGAGACUCCUGGCAUGCCUGGUGCCAGACGAGUCAUCCUUCUGGCAAUCAACCAUCCAUCCAUCCACGAACCAUGGUUCAAGCCAUCAAACAUCAAUCAUCGCCUACCCAUCCAAUCAUCCAUCCAUCGACUACCCAUCCAAUCACCCUUCCAUUCGAAUACCCAUCCAAUCAUCUAUCCAUUCAAAUACCCAUCCAAUCACCCAUCCAUCGAGUACCCAUCCAAUCACCCAUCCAUCGACUACCCAUCCAAUCAUCCAUCCAUCGACUACCCAUCCAAUCAUCCAUCCAUCAACUAUCUGUUCAUCUGUCACACUCUCACCCAGAGACUUAAACUCUGCCUGUUGUUUCUUGCUCAGAUGGAAAACCGACAGAAGAGCCAGCCAAAGGCAGAGGCCGAGGAUUUGGCGGGGCGCGGCCUGAGGCCCGGCGGGAAGGGCCCAUCACCCCCGGAGGAGCCCUUCGCGGGCUUCAAGCUGAAAGCCGUCCCGCUGAAGUUCAUCAAGAAGCUGCAGGACAUCGUGCUGAAGGAGGCCGAGUCCAUCGGGUCGGCCGCCGUCUUCGAGUGCGAGGUGUCGCCCUCCACCGCCGUCACCAGCUGGAUGAAGGACGGCACCAACCUGCGGGAGAGCCCCAAACACAAGUUCACCUCCGACGGAAAAGACCGCAAGCUGAACAUCAUCGACGUGCAGCUGUCCGACACCGGGGAGUACACCUGCGUGGCCAAGAACGCCGGCAAGGAGGUCACCUGCAUGGCCAAGCUCAUAGUGGAAGAGCUGCCUGUGAAGUGGGUGAAGGAACUGGAACCAGAGACAACAUGCAUGAAGGGGCAGCCAAUGUACCUGACCUGCGAGCUGAACAAAGAGAGAGAUGUGGUCUGGAAGCACAACGGCCAACCCAUAAAGAAAAAGGCGGGAAAAGUAGCCAUCAACAUCAUCGGCCUGCAGCAUGCCCUGACCAUCCAGAACUCCACCGAGGAGGAGUCCGGCACCUACACCUGUGAGGUGGAAGGCCAGGAGGACGUCAAGACCACCACCACCGUCAAAGUGAUCGAAAUCAUCAAAGACUGGCUGGUGAAGCCUCUGAGAGACCAGCACGUGAAGCCGAAGGCCAAGGCCACGUUCAAGUGUGAGCUGUUCAAGGACACGCCCAACUGGAAGUGGCUCAAAGGUGACGAAGAGGUCAAGCCUUCUGAUAAGGUGGAGAUCAACAAAGAUGGAAAGGACAUGACGCUCACCAUCAAAAACUGCCAGCCCAGCGACGUAGCAGACUACACCAUUGAAGUCGAGGAUCGCAGAUACACGGCCAAACUCACACUUGGAGAGCGCGAGGCUGAGAUCCUGAAACCACUGUCCAGUGUGGAGGUCGUUGAGAAGGAGGAAGCAAACUUUGAGACUGAGAUUUCCGAGGACGAUACGUGCGACAUCAAAGCUGAGGGCGGGAAGCGUUUCCUCACGCUGAAAAACGUGCAGCUGGAUCAGGCCGGCGAAGUGUCCUAUCAGGCUCUGAACGCCAACACCAGCGCCAUGCUCACCGUCAAAGAGAUCGAAAUGGGCUUUGUUGAGCCGCUCAAAGACUCCUCUGUGCCUGAAAAGAAACAGGCUAAGUUUGAAUGCACCAUUACCAAGGAUGUGCCAAAGGUGCUGUGGCUCAGGGGGACAGACAUCAUCACCCCGAGCCCCAAAUAUGAAAUAAUUGAUGAUGGGAAGAAACACAUGCUGAUCAUAAACAGCUGUGAGUUUGAUGAUGAGGCUCAGUACACCAUUGAGGUGUUGGGCCAAAAGUCCACGGCACAGCUGCUGGUAGAAGGCAUGAGACUCAGAUUUGUCCAGUCGCUUCAGGACCAAACAGUCAAAGAAGGUAACACGGUACGCUUUGAUCUUGAGCUGAGUCACGAGAACGUGCCGGUUGUUUGGUACCGAAAUGAAGUGAAACUGCACGUGAGCCGCUCCGUGCUCACCUAUGUGGAAGGAAGGAGGCACACUCUAGAAAUGAGGACACUGAGUCUAGAUGAUACCUGCCAGAUAAAGGCAGAGGCCAAAGGCAUUUCCUCCACAGCCAAACUGACGGUCAUAGAGGGCGACGCCAUCUUCGUGGUCAAGCUGCAGGACUACACCGCCACCGAGAAGGACGAGGUGACGCUGGACUGCGAACUGACCAAGGACGUGCCUGUGGUUUGGUACCACAACGAGAAGGAGAUCAUCACCUCCAAGACGGUGGUCAUGAAGUCUGAGGGCAUGCGCAGGUCUCUGGUCCUGAAGAAGGCCACGCAGAGCGAUAUGGGGAAGUAUGUGUGUGACUGUGGAACAGACAAGACGGCGGCCACCAUCAGCAUCGAAGCGCGCGAUGUGAAGGUGGUUCGGCCCAUCUACGGCGUGGAGCUGUUCGACGGAGAGACGGCUCGUUUCGAGGUGGAGAUCUCUGAGGAUGACGUCCACGGCCAGUGGAAGCUGAACGGAGAAGUGCUCAGCCCGUCCUCUGAUGUGGACAUCAUCGAGGAGGGCGGGAAGCACACGCUGAUCCUGUACAACUGCAAAGUGUCCAUGACCGGGGAGGUGGGGUACGCCGCGGCAAACGCCAAGUGCUCGGCCAACCUGAAGGUCAAAGAGCUGCCUCUGAACUUCCUCACGCCCCUGAGCGACGUCAUGGUGUACGAGAAGGACGAGGCCCGGUUCGAGCUGGAGGUCUCGAGGCCCCCGAAGAGCUUCCGCUGGCUCAAAGGCUCGCAGGAGCUGCAGAGCGACGACAAGUACAGCAUGACACAGGAGGGCAACCUGUACGUCCUGGCCAUCCGAUCGGCCGCGUAUGAGGACGAGGCAAAGUACAUGUAUGAGGCCGAGAACAAGAGGACGACGGGCAAACUGGUCAUUCAGGGAAUCCGCCUGGAGUUCGUCAAACCCAUCAAAGACGUGACGGUGAAGGAGCGCGAAACGGCCGAGUUCAGCGUGGAACUUUCCCACGACAAGGUCCAAGUAGCCUGGUACCGUAACGAUGUGCGCCUGCACCCCAGCAAGGUGGUGCACAUGUCCGACCAGGGCAGGGUGCACACGCUGGCCUUCAAGGAGGUCAGCAUCGACGACACCUCCAUGAUCAAAGUGGAGGCCAUGGACAAGAGCAUGACGGCCAUGCUCACCGUGCUGGAGGGAGACCUGUACUUCACCACCAAGCUGCAGAACUACACGGCCGUGGAGAAGGACGAGGUCAAGCUGGUGUGCGAGCUCAGCAAAGCCGUGGCCGAGGUGAAGUGGCUGAAAGACGGGAAGGAGAUCACUCCCUCCAAGAACAUCGCCAUCAGCAGCGACGGAAAGAAGCGCAUCCUGACGGUCAGGAAGGCGGAGAAGGCCAACAUCGGCGCCUACAGCUGCGACUGCGGCUCCGACAAGACCACCGCCAACCUCAGCAUCGAAGAAGUCUGCUGGUUCAGAGAGGGACAGGAGAUCAGAAAGACCAAGAAGUACGACACCAUUGUUGAGGGGCGCAAGAGGAAGCUGGUCAUCCAUGACUGUGCUCCAGAUGAUGCCAAGCUCUACACAUGUGACGCCAAAGAGUUUAAGACCUCCUGCUACCUGGAAGUCACACCUCCCUACGUUGAGUUCUCCAAGCCCCUGCAGGACGUGGAGGUCAGAGAGAAAGAAUCUGCCAAGUUUGAAUGUGAAGUGUCCCGCGAGUCUGCCAAGGUUCGCUGGUUCAAGGACGGCAGUGAGAUCAGGAAAAGCAAGAAGUACGAGAUCACUGCUAAGGGAGUCCAAAGGACCCUCAUCGUCCACAAGUCGGUGUUUGAUGAUGAGGCCGAGUACGAGUGUGACGCCAGGACCUCCAAGACCUCUGGCAUGCUGACCGUCAUCGAGGAGGCAGCCAGGUUCACCAAGAACCUAUCCAACGUGGAGGGCAUGGAGACUGACAGCGUGAAGAUGAUCUGCGAGGUUUCCAGGGUCAGCGCUGAGGUCACCUGGUACAAAGGGGACGAGGAGCUGCCCGAGGGCGGCCGCUACGACCAGAUCGUGGACGGACGCAAAAGGAUCCUGGUCAUCCAGGACCUGCGGAUGGAGGACGGCGGGGAGUACAACUGCAGGCUGAGCCCCAGUGUCAGGACGUCUGCCACUCUGAAGCUCAACGAGCUGGCAGCUGAGUUCAUCGCCCGUCCCCAGAACCAGGAGGUGGUGGAGGGCGAGAAGGCCGAGUUUGCCUGCUCAGUCUCCAAAGACACCUACGAGGUGAGAUGGUUCAGAGGUGACAAGGAAAUCCAACAAGGAGACAAGUACACAAUCAUCAGUGAAGGAAAGAGGAGGGCACUCAUAGUGAAGAGCUGUGACCUGAAGGAUGAGGGCGGCUACGUUGCUCACAUUGGGAACGUUAAAGCCUCGGCUGAGCUGUGUGUGAUAGAGAAACUGAGGAUAAUCACACCCAUUAGAGAUACGGAGGUGAAGGAAGGAAGUGAGAUCGUGUUCAACUGUGAGACCAACACAGAGGGAGCCAAAGCCAAGUGGCUGAAGAACGAGGAGACCAUUUUCGAGAGCAGCAAGUACAUGAUGGCCCAGAGAGACAAUGUCUUCUCCCUGAGGAUCAAGGAUGCCCAAAAGGCCGACGAGGCCAGCUACACUGUCAAUCUGACCAACCAACGAGGAGAAAAUGCCAAGUGCACGGCCAGCGCCAGAGUCACAGCGGAGAAGCUGAAGUUCCUGGAGCCCAUAGAGGAUAUUGAGACUCAGGAGAAGAAGACCAUCAGCUUCGUUUGUAAGGUGAACCGGACAGACGUGAGCGUGAAGUGGAUGAAGGCCGGCCAGGAGGUGCCGCUCAGCAAGCGCAUCGUCUACCGAGCCGACGGCCUCAAGCACACUCUGACGGUUAAGGACUGCUCCAUGUCCGACGAGGGCGAGUACACCGCCGUGCUGGGAGACGACAAGUGUGUGGCCGAGCUGAUCAUCAGCGAGGCGCCCACCGACUUCACAGCACAGCUCAAGGACCAAACCAUCACCGAGUUCGAGGACGCAGAGUUCACCUGCAAGCUGAGCAAAGAGAAGGCCGCCGUCAAGUGGUACCGAAACGGACGAGAGAUCAGAGAAGGCCCCAGAUAUCACAUGGAGAAAGAAGGCAAAACCUGCAGGCUGAUCAUCAAGGUGUGCAGGCCAGAUGACGAGUCUGAAUACGCCUGUGGUGUGGACGAGAGGAGGACCCGAGCCAGGCUCUUUGUUGAAGAGACCCCGGUGGAGAUCGUCCGGCCGCCACAGGACGUGUUUGAGCCUCCAGCCUCAGAUGUUGUGUUUGAGGUGGAGCUCAACAAGGACCGGGUGGAGGUGAAGUGGAUGAGGAACAACAUGAUCAUCGUCCAGGGAGACAAGUACCAGAUGAUGAGCGAGGGCAAAGUGCACAGGCUGCAGGUGUGUGAGAUCAGGCCCAGAGACCAGGGGGAGUACAGGAUCGUGGCCAAAGACAAAGACGCCAAGGCCAAGCUGGAGCUGGCAGCCAUCCCAAAGAUCAAGACCACUGACCAGAAGCUGGUGACGGAUGCGGGCAAGCCCUUCGUCAUGAGCGUGCCCUACGACGCCUACCCCCGCGCCAACGCCGAGUGGUCCUUCGAGGGCAGCAAUCUGCCCGUUCAGAACAUCGACACCUCUAUGGACAAGACCGAGUACCGCCUGAAAAGCCCCAGCAAGCAGGACCAGGGCCGCUACAGAGUGGCCAUCAAGAACAAGCACGGCGAGGGGGAGGCCUUCAUCCACCUGGAUGUCAUCGAGUACUGCGUCAGCGGGCUCCACAGGGACUCCAUGUACCUGUUCAGAGUCUGUGCCCGGAACCGAGUGGGCAGCGGCCCGGCCGUUGCCACUGAGGAUGCCGUCCAGGCCAAAAACAAGUUUGAUGCUCCAGAAAAUGUUGCAGUUGGCAUUGUGAACAGGUUUGGGGCCACUGUGACCUGGGAGCCUCCCAAGUCCGAUGGCGGCUCUGAGAUCACGGCGUAUGUGAUCGAGCUGCGCGACAGGACGUCUGUGAAGUGGGAAGCGGCCAUGGUGUGCGGCGCCAGCGACCGCUCCGCCACGCUCAACGAUGUUGUGGAGCACAAAGAGUACAUCUUCAGGGUCCGAGCUGAGAACAAGGCUGGCAUUGGCCGGCCCAGUGCUGCCACCAAUCCCGUCAAAAUCAUGGAUCCCAUCGAGAGGCCGAGUCCGCCCCAGAACCUGAACUUCAGUGACAAGAUCAAAACGGCCAUCACGCUGACCUGGGAGACGCCCGUGAGCAACGGUGGCAGCAUGAUUACCGGAUAUGUCAUCGAGAAAUGUGACGAGGGAACCGACAAGUGGCUGCGCUGCAACGCCCGACUGUGUCCCGACCUCGUCUACCGGGUGUCUGGACUGAAGCCGGGUCAGAAGUACCUGUACAGAGUUUGUGCAGAGAAUGCUGCAGGUCUCUCAGAUCCAACUGAAAAGCUGGGACCGCUGCUCGCUGACGACCCUCACGUGGGUCCAACCCUCGACCUGAGCGGCUUCAGGAACGGCCUGGAAGUAAUUGCCCCUCAGCCCCUCACCAUCAGAGUCCCCCUCACCGGGUACCCAACGCCUGUUGCCAAGUGGACGUUCGGGGAGAAAGAGCUGAGCACCUCGGAUGAGCGCGUUUCCAUGGUGACAAAGCCCACAUUCACAGAGCUGACCGUCACGCCGAGCGUCCGCCCAGACAAAGGCACCUACACCCUGCAGCUCGAGAACGACGUGUCCUCGAUCUCUGGAGAGAUCGAAGUCAACGUCAUCGCAUGCCCCAGUGCCCCGAAGGACUUCAAGGUGGCUGAAGUGACCCGCCAUCACGUCCAUCUGAUGUGGGAGCCCCCGGAGCACGAUGGAGGCAGUCCGGUCACCCACUACCAGAUAGAGAAGAGAGAAGUGUCCCGUAAGACCUGGGCCAAGGUGGCCACUGGCGUCAUGGACCUGGAGCACACAGUCACAGAUGUGAUUGAGGGAAAAGAGUAUCUGUUCAGCGUCAUCGCCUGCAACAAGUGUGGACCGGGGGAGCCGGCUUACAUCGAUGAGCCUGUGAACGUCUCCUCUCCUGCCACUAUACCUGAUCCUCCUGAGAACCUCAAGUGGCGCGAUAAGGGUGCCAAAAGCAUCUUCCUCUCCUGGGAGCCUCCCAAGUACGAUGGUGGAGCAAACAUCAAAGGCUACGUCGUGGACAAAUGCCAGCGUGGAACAGACAAGUGGGAGCCCUGCGGGGACCCCAUCCCCGAGCUCAAGUUCCAGGUGACUGGCCUGAUCGAGGGCCAGUGGUAUGCCUACAGAGUCCGAGCAUUAAACAAGUUGGGGGCCAGCAGACCCUGUAGGGCCACCGAUGAGAUCCAGGCUGUGGAUUCUCGAGAACCCCCAGAGAUCCAACUGGACGUGAAACUGCUAGCCGGCCUGACUGCCAGAGCUGGUACCAAGAUCGAGCUCCCCGCAGACGUGAAAGGAAAGCCAGAUCCCCGUAUAAAGUGGACCAAGGCAGACCUCGUCCUGCGGGCCGAAGAUCGCAUUGCCAUCGAAACCCAGCCAGGACACUCCAAGCUCUCCAUCAGCAAAACCACCAGAGGAGACACCGCUACCUACAUCAUUGAGGCCGUCAACAUCUGCGGACGCGCCACUGCCACCAUCGACGUCAACAUCCUCGAUCCUCCUGGUGCUCCGACCAGAGUAACUCCAUCUGACAUCGCCAAGGACGCCGUGACGCUGACCUGGUUCGAGCCAGACGAGGACGGCGGCAGUCCCAUCACAGGAUACUGGAUCGAGAAGUUUGAUCCAGAGAGUGACAAGUGGAUUAGAUGCAACAAAUUGCCUAUCAAGGACACAACCUUUAGGGUAAAGGGGCUUCCCUCCAAGAAGAAGUACCGCUUCCGUGUUCUGGCAGAGAAUCUGGCCGGACCUGGAAAGCCAAGUGCGGAGACAGAUCCCGUCCUCAUCAAAGAUCCCAUUGAUCCACCCUGGGCUCCUGGUAAACCUGUCGUCAGGGAAGUUGCCAAGACUACAGCCUUGUUGGCAUGGACCCGCCCCGAGCAUGAUGGAGGGGCUAAGAUCGAAGGCUACAUCAUCGAGUUCCAGAAGACCGGAAGCGAGGAAUGGAUCCGGAUUGCGGAGGACAUUCCUCAGACUGAGCAUCAGCUGAAGGGACUGAUGGAGAAGCAGGAAUACUCUUUCAGGGUCAAAGCCGUAAAUAAGGCUGGAGAGAGUGAGCCCAGUGAGCCCAGUGACCCGGUCGUCUGCAAGGAGAGACUCUACCCUCCAUCCGCUCCUCAGUGGCUGGAGGUGACCAACAUCACCAAAAUCAACGCUGACCUGAAGUGGCAGGCUCCCAGCACUGACGGCGGCUCCCCCAUCACCAACUACGUGGUGGAGAAGAGGGACGUGAGGCGGAAGGCCUGGCAGACCAUCGACACCACCGUCAAGGAGCUGAAGUACUGUGUGACUCCUCUCAACGAGGGAUCUCUGUACGUGUUCCGUGUAGCUGCGGAGAACGCGGUUGGGAUGGGGGAGUUCUCAACUCCUGGACCGCCUUAUGCCCUGACUGUGAUGGAGGUCACCAAGAGACAUGUGGAGCUGAAGUGGGAACCUCCCAAGAGCAACGGAGGCAGACCCAUAACGAAAUAUGUGAUUGAGAAGAAAGAAAAGGUUGGAACUCGUUGGCUGAAAUGCUGCAAGACACCUGACAGACAAACUCAGUUCAAAGUGACGGAUGUGGAUGAGGGGUCAGAGGUACAGUUUCAGGUCAGAGCUGAGAACGAAGCCGGAGUCGGAGAUCCAAGUGAACCAACUGUGAUUCUCACCAUCGAGGACGCAACCAGCCCUCCAUCUCCUCCUGUGGAGCUGACUAUCGUGGAUGCCAGCAGGGAGCACAUUAAUGUCACCUGGAAGCCUCCGGUCAAGGAUGGUGGCUCCCCUGUGACAGGAUACCAUGUAGAGGUGGCAGAGGCCCGUACCGAGCUGAAAUGGCUCCGGGUCAACAACAGGCCCAUAAAGGAGCUGAAGUUCAGGAUAGAUGAUGGCAUCAAAUCUGAGAAGAAGUAUGUCAUCAGAGUCCGUGCAAUCAACUCUAUCGGCGUGAGCGAUCCCUCGGAGAUCUCUGACAAAGUCUUCACCAAGGAUCCUGACUGUGCUCCAACCAUUAACCUGGAGGCGCAGGACAUGGUAGUGGUUGAGGGAGAGAAGUUGCAGCUGAACGUCCCCUACAGAGGAAUUCCAACGCCUAAGAUGGUCUGGCAGAAGGACACAGUGGAGUGUAAGGCUGACGACAGGCUCUCUAUGACGGUGGAGAUGAACAGCGCCCACCUGGAUCUGCUGAAGUGCAAACGUGCAGAUGCCGGCGCCUACACCAUCACCCUGGAGAACAGUCUGGGAACUGCCACUGGGACCAUUAACGUCAAAGUUAUCGGUCUCCCUGACAAACCAAAGGUCACCCUGCAUGCCCGUGUGCAGUCUGGUGUUUCCGUUAAGAAAGGCGAGGAGAUCCGCAUUGAUGCCUUCAUCUCAGGCUCUCCUUACCCCAAAGUCACCUGGAUGAGGAACGAGGAGGACGUUACCAAAGAGCCCACCAAGAAGAUUGUUCCUGUCGUCAAGAAGAAGAAGACCAAGUCCAAGCUUCCAGAACCAGAGGAGGAGUUUGUGACUCCGAUGCGUGAGCGUCUUGGUCUGGAUCAGACCAAGAAGGGCCAGUCAGCGCUGAUGAUCCGUGACUCUGUCAGAACAGACCACGGCGACUUCACCAUCAAGGUGGAGAACACCCACGGCUUUGCAACUGCCACCUGCUUCGUGAACGUCCUGGACAAACCUGGCGCCCCCAUCAACUUCACCUUUGAUGAGAUCAGGAACACCUCUGUUAUCUGCAACUGGGAGCCUCCCGAGGACGAUGGUGGCAGCGAGAUCCUGAACUACAUCCUGGAAAAGAAAGACAACAGGAAUGAUGAGAUUGGCUGGAUCACUAUCACUUCCACCCUGAAGGGCAACAGCUUCCCCGUCACCAAGCUGAUCGAAGGGAAGGAAUACAUCUUCAGAGUCACUGCAGAGAACAAGUAUGGCUGCGGCCCUCCCUGCGUCUCCGAUCCUCUCGUGGCCAAGAACCAAUUCAUUCCCCCAGGGCCACCCAGUCCAUGGGUCGUGGACACAGGCAACGAUUUUGUCAUCUUGGCCUGGAAGCCCCCCCUGUAUAAUGGUGGAGGAGACAUUCUGGGGUAUCAUGUUGAGAAGGUUUUGACUGGAGAGAAGGAGUGGAAGCGCUGCACUGAGUUCAGGUGCAAAGAGCUGACCUACACGGCGACCGGCCUCACUGAGGGAGCAGACUACUACUUCAGAAUUGUUGCCGUCAACGAUGCCGGCCCUGGAGCGCCUGGUGUUACUGAGCCUGUCACAGUCAAAGAGCCUCAGGAAUCUCCUGUCGUGGAUUUCGAUAACUCCGUGAAGAACGGUGUGAUGAUCAAAGCCGGCGAUUUCCUGAAGCUUCCUGCCGUGGUGACGGGCCGGCCCCAACCAGAGGUCAAAUGGGCCAAAGAUGAUGCCGAAAUCGACAAGGAGAGGAUGAUCGUUGAGACCGAGGGCAAGAACAGCAGCCUGAUUAUCAAGAAAGCCGUGAGGGCGGAUCAUGGAAAAUACCAGAUCACAGGAACCAACAGCAGCGGGACCAAGACCGCAGAGACCAGAGUGGAUGUCAUGGAUGUUCCCGGUCCAGUGGUAGACCUGAAAACUGUCCAGGUGACCAAGAAGAACAUCGUCCUCACCUGGUCGGACCCCCUGGAUAACGGGGGCAGUGACAUCAUCGGUUAUGAGGUUCUGAGGAAGGACGCCAAGAUGAAGCUUUUCCGUCAGCCCAUAGAGACAGCAUCCUGCAAGUGUGACAUCCAAGGCCUGCUGGCCAGCGAGGAGUACGACUUCAGGGUCAUCGCCAGGAACAAGUAUGUCGCUCCAGUUAUCAGCAUCCUGAAGUUCUUCAAGAGCAACGCUAUCAUUGUGAAGAAAGGAGCCGCCAUCGACAUCCCAGCGGAGGUGAUCGGACUCCCUCUGCCAACACUGCAGUGGAUGAAGGAUGACGUGGUGAUCGAGAAGCCUGAUGUUGACAAGAUGACCAUGGAAACAGAGGAGGUCAACCGAACUACCAUGAGGACAAAGAUCGCUAUCCCAGAAACCAUCAGACAGGACAAAGGAAACUACAAGCUGUUUGCUGAAAACUGCUACGGCAAAGCUGAGCAUGUCAUUCGAAUCAUAUCUGCCACAGCCACCACCAUGACCCUGACCUGGGACCCUCCUCUGGACAACGGGGGGUCAACCAUUCAGGGCUACUGGCUGGAGAAGAGGGAGCGCGGGGCUGUGUACUGGGGGCGCGUCAACCGGGCACCAGUCACCAAGCCGGCAGUGAAGGGCCUGCAGUACACCGUGCUGCGGCUCAUCGAGGGAACAGAGUACCAGUUCAGAGUGGCCGCCAGCAACGCCGCCGGGGUCGGGCCGCCCAGCGAGGCCACGGAGUGCCGCUUCGCUGUGGAUCCUUGCAGUAAAGAUGGUGGCAGCCCCAUCAAAGGGUACAUCAUCGAAGUUCACGAAGAGGGUUCUCCUGAUUGGAGGAGAGUGAACCCCGCCGACAAGCUGCACCCAUCCACUGAGAUCACCGUACCAGACCUGAAGGAGGGCAAGAAGUGCAAGUUCAGGAUCUAUGCAGUGAACGCUGCAGGGAACUCGGAGCCGGCCCGCACCGCUGACAUCGUGGUCCAGGAUAUCCUGAUCGAGCCCACGGUGUCUCUGGAGGUGAAUGCUCACGAUCUGCUGAACUGCAGAGCAGGAACCACCAUCAAGAUUCCUGCCACCAUCACCGGACGGCCCAUCCCCAAAAUCCACUCCACGGAUACGACCUCGGUGGUGGUGAUCCCGGAUAGUAAACUGUGCCACAGCGGCCGAUACAUCAUCAACGCUGAGAGCCCUGCAGGCCACAAGGUGGUCAAAGUCAGAGUCAGCGUUCUCGACCUGCCUGGACCUCCCCGGGACCUGAAAGUGAGUGAUGUGACCAGAGGAACCUGCAGACUCACCUGGAAACCUCCAGAGAGCGACGGAGGCCGUCCUGGUCCUCCGUCUGCUCCCAUUAAGUUUGAGGAAAUCGGAGCUCAGAAGAUUACGCUCUCCUGGCUGCCACCAAAGGACGACGGCGGCUCCAAAGUCACCAACUACGUGAUCUGGAGGCGGGUGGCCAACAGGAAGACCUGGGUGCCCGUAACCAAUGAGCCCAAAGACCGGAUCUGGACGGUGGAGAGCCUUAUGGAGGGCCAUGAAUAUGUGUUCCGCAUCAUGGCGCAGAACAAGUACGGAGUCGGAGAACCCCUGGACAGUGAGCCCGAGUGUGAGAAGCCCACGGUGACCAACGUCACCAUGGACUCCAUGACGGUGAACUGGGAGGAGCCCGAGGACGACGGCGGGGCCCCGAUCACCGGUUACUGGCUGGAGCGCAAAGAGACCACCGGCAAACGCUGGGCCCGCGUGAGCCGGGACCCAAUCCGGCCCAUGGGCCUGGGAGAGUCCUUCGUGGCCAAGGACACUGAAAUCAGAGGCACCCGGUUUGUGAUCACUGGCCUGAAGACGGGUGGCAAGUACAGGUUCAGGGUAAUCGCCUUCAAUGCUGUUGGUAAAGGAGAGCCAGGCGAGGUCCCCGAGGUGCUGGAGGUCACCGACAGAACCAUGGCCCCUGAAGUCGACCUGGACGCGUCAGUGAAGGAGAGGAUGGUGGUGCACGCUGGUGGGGUGAUCCGGAUCAUCGCCUACGUUUCGGGCAGGCCGGCGCCAGAAGUGACCUGGAGCAGAGACGAGGCCGCGUUGCCCCCGGACGCCACAGUGGAAACCACAGCCAUCAGCUCCUCUCUCGUCAUUAAACCCUGUGCCCGGAGACACCUCGGCGUCUACACGCUGACCGCCAAGAACGCCGGCGGGGAGAAGACCAAGAACAUCACAGUGGAGGUUCUGGAUGUCCCUGGACCUGUCGGCAUCCCCUUCAUGGCUGAAAACCUGAGCGUGGACUCCUGCAAGCUUAACUGGUUCUUCCCAGAGAAUGACGGUGGAUCUCCCAUCAGCAACUACAUCAUUGAGAAACGCGAGGCUGAGCGCAAAGCUUGGACCUCGGUCUCCUUCACGGCCAGCAGACAGAACGCUGUGGCUCACGGCCUCACCACUGGAAAGGCCUACUUCUUCAGAGUGGCUGCUGAGAACGCCAUUGGACUGGGUCCCUUCAUGGAGACUCCAGCAGAGAUCAUCAUUAAGGAACCAAUUAGUGUGCCAGACCGCCCAGAGGAAAUAGAAGUCACAAAGGUCACCAAAGAUUCCAUCAGUGUCACCUGGAAAGCACCCAAAUUUGAUGGCGGCUCAGAAAUCACCAUGUACAUCCUUGAGGCGCGUAUGAUCGGCAAAGACAAGUUCAGCAGACUCACGAAGGAGAAGCUGAUGGACAGGAGGUUCACUUAUGAUGGCCUAAGGGAGGGCGACACCUACGAGUUAAGGGUGGCUGCCGUCAAUGAGAUCGGAGCAGGCAAACCUUCAUUCAGCACCAAGCCAAUCACCUGCAAGGAUGAACUGGAACCACCAACCAUUGAGUUGGACUUCCGUGAUAAGAUCAUCAUCCGUGUGGGAGAGAGCUGCCUGCUGCAGGGCCGAUACACCGGCAAACCGGCACCGUCCAUCACCUGGUACCGGGACGACGAGGAGCUGAAGGCCGACAAACACGUCAUGUUCAAGAACACGCUCACCACCAUGUCUCUGGGCCUGAUGAAGGCAAAGCGAGAGCACAGUGGCAAAUACGUGGUGGUCGUGGAGAACAGCACUGGGUCCAGGAAGGGAAUCUGCAACAUCCCCAAACUGACGGAAGGCAGGGAGUACAUCAUGAGAAUCUCUGCUGAGAACAUGUAUGGCAUCAGCGACCCUCUGGAGUCGGAGGAGAUGAAAGCUAAAGAUCUCUUCAGAGUCCCUGAGGCCCCUGAGAUGCCGACCGUCAGAGAGGUGUACGCCACUAAUGCUCUGGUGCUGUGGACCCGGCCUCGCGAUGGCGGGAAGCCCAUCACAAACUACAUCUUGGAGAAGAAGGAACCCGGGGCAAAGAGGUGGUCCAGAGUCACCAGAGACCCGCUGUACCCAGCCACUCAGUACCGAGUCCAGGACUUGGUGGAGGGCUGCCAGUAUGAGUUCAGGGUUAUGGCUGAGAAUGAGCUUGGAACUGGAGAUCCCAGUGUUCCCUCCAAACCAAUCCUCGCCAAAGACCCAAUAGUGCGCCCUAGCCCUCCAGUUACCCCAGAGGCCUAUGAUAAGACCAAAGACUCCGUCAGUCUCAAGUGGCAGAUGCCACGCCACGACGGAAAAGGACGAAUUUUCGGCUACAUCGUUGAGUACCAGAAGCCUGGUGCUGUGGAAUGGGUUCAGGCCAACGAGACCCCUGAGCAGUGUCCGGACCUCCACUAUGUGGUGACAGGCCUGGGCGAUGGGGAAGAGUACAUCUUCAGGAUCUUUACUGUCAAUGCUGCCGGCCGGUCGGACCCCGCCUACGUCAAACAGAACGUCAAAGUCCACGACAGACUCGAGGAGCCAGAGUUGCUGCUGGAUGCCAACAUGGCCCGCGACCACCUGGCCAUGCUGGGUACCGACAUAACCCUGAGCGCUACCAUUAAGGGGGUGCCAACGCCAACCAUCACCUGGAAAAAGAACGAUGGAGAUGUUCCCACUCACAUCACUGUUGCUGUUACUGCUAGCGGCAGCAAAGUCUUCAUCCCUAAAUGCACCCGUGCAGAUUCUGGCAACUUCACCAUAACUGCAGAGAAUUCUGCUGGAAAGAAAUCUGCAACAGUUGCGGUGCUUGUGCUGAACAAGCCUUCCCCCCCGAGAGACUUGGUGAUCUCUGAGGUGACCAGUGAGUCUGCCUAUCUGACAUGGAAGGUCCCAGAAGACAACGGGGGCGCGGUCAUCUCCCACUACGUUGUGCAAAAGAAGGACGUGGCUGCAGAGCAGUGGGUGCCUGUGUCUCCAGCCAAUAAGAAGCUGAGUCUGAUGGCCAUGUACCUGAUGGAAGGAAUCCAGUACAUGUUCAGAGUGGCUGCAGAGAACCAGUUUGGCAGAAGUGACUUUGUUGUUACUAAGACACCAAUCAAGGCUAUCGAUCCUCUAUUGCCACCUGCUAUUGAAGUUGAUGUGAAGCUUAUUGAGGGCCUUGUACUCAAAGCUGGCAGUACCAUUACUCUGCCUGCAAAGAUGACUGGAAUCCCUCUUCCCACGGCCAAGUGGAUGAGUGAUGGCAACGAGAUCAUAUCAGAGGGCCGAUACCACAUUGAGUCUGCUGGAUCCUCAACCAUCCUCAGUAUCCCUGAGUGCCAGAGAGGAGACACUGGAGAAUACAUCCUGACAGUGGCCAAUCCAGCAGGCAGCAAAACUGUUGCCCUCCAUGUGACUGUGUUGGAUCUACCAGGUCCACCCAUCGGACCUAUCAAUAUCUUAGAGGUCACCCCUGAAUACAUGAUGAUCCAGUGGAGAGCCCCAAAAGAUGAUGGUGGCACACCUGUUACCAACUAUGUAGUGGAGAAAAAAGAUGUGAAGAAGCCUUGGGAGCCCUGGUCUGUUGUUAGCUCCAGUGGCACCAGCACGAAGGCCAAAGUAUCAAGGUUGGAGAAGGGACGGGAGUAUAUAGUUCGUGUACGUGCAGAGAACAAAAUUGGUAUAGGAGCAGGUCUUGAGAGUCCACCUACAAUUGCCAAGCACAUGUUCAACCCUCCCGGUCCACCUGGUCCUCCUGAGUGUUCUGAUAUCACCGAGAAUGCCGUGACAGUGGAGUGGACCCUUCCUGACUAUGAUGGAGGCAGCCCCAUCAGCGGAUAUGUGAUUGAGCGCAGGGAAAUGACAGGCAAAUGGAUCCGUGUCAACAAAACUCCAGUGUUGGACCUGAGAUACAGAGUCUCUGGUCUAUUUGAAGGCAACAGCUAUGAGUUCAGAGUGUUUGCCGAGAACGUUGCCGGCAUCAGCGGUCCUUCUCUCACCUCUGACCCAGUUAAGGCCACUCGGGCCUUAACUAAACCAGGACCUCCUGGUAAUCCUAAACUGAAGGAUUGGAGUAAAUCCUAUGCUGACAUCUGCUGGACCAAGCCUACAAGGGACGGUGGCAGUCCUAUUCUGGGCUAUGUGGUUGAGGCUCAAAAAUCUGGAUCUGCUCAGUGGGACAGAAUCAAUAAGGACCUUAUCAAGAUGUGUGCCUACAGGGUUCCAGGCCUCAUUGAAGGAAUGGAGUACAGAUUACGCAUCAGAGCCACUAACAAAAUUGGGGACAGCGAGCCAAGGGAGCUGGCAGAGACCAUCUUGGCAAAGGACAUCCUUGUUCCACCGGAGGUGGUCGUUGACGUGUCGUGCCGCGACUCUCUUACAGUCAGAGCUGGUCAGAUUAUCAGUUUGAUUACCAGAGUAAAAGGUAGACCUGAUCCAGAGAUCACAUGGACCAAGGAUGCCAGAGCUUUGUCCCGGGAUAAGCGAACAGAUAUGAACAACAACUAUCCUCUCUGUGAACUGGUAAUCAAUGAAGCUGUCAGGGCAGAUUAUGGAAAAUAUGCCAUUGUGGCCAAGAACAGCAGCGGACAGGCACAGGCUACCAUUCUGGUAAAUGUCCUGGACACGCCCGGGCCGUGCCAGAACCUAAAGGUUGCCUAUGCAACUAAGAAAUCCUGCAUGGUGUCCUGGGAGAACCCUGAGGACAACGGCGGCACUGAGAUCACUCAGUACAUCAUUGAGUGUCGCCAGCCAAGCCAAAGAGGUUGGACAGUGGUCUCCAAUGACUGGACCAAGCGCCUGAUUAAAGCUCCUCUUACUGAGGGUUGUGAGUAUUUCUUCAGAGUCAGCGCAGAGAACAAGAUUGGCGCCGGUCCAACCAUUGAAACCAAGACGCCUGUUCUAGCAGUUGAUCCUAUUGAAAAACCAGGUGAACCCAUUGACUUCCAUAUCUCUGAAAUUGGCAAGACAUUCUGCUUCCUCAAGUGGAAGAAACCAGAUUAUGAUGGUGGAAGCCGUAACAUUGCUUAUCACGUUGAAAAGAAACCAAAAGAGGCUGAGGAAUGGGAGAGGGUUCACAAGGGUGCCAUCAAGGAGACUUAUUUCAUGGCAGACAGAUGUGUUGAAAAUCAGGUCUACCAGUUCAGAGUUCAGACUAAGAAUGAGGGAGGAGAGAGUAACUGGGUUACCACAGGUGAAGUGUUGGUCAAAGAGCAGCUUGUGGUGCCUGAGAUCAAGAUUAAACUGGAUGGAACCCUGGUUGUAAAGGCAGGAGACUCCAUUGGUAUUGAAGCAACAGUGAAGGGCAAACCUCAGCCUGAUGUCAAAUGGACCAAGGAUGAAAGCACUGAAGAGAUUAAGAAGGGUCCCAAGCUUCAAAUAGAAUCUGGAGCCGACUUCUCUAAACUGCUGAUUACUGGUGCCAGACGCACCGACAGUGGCAAAUACGUUGUCACUGCCUCCAACAGCGCAGGUUCCUGUUCUGCUGAUGCUAAGGUCAAUGUCUUGGACAGACCUGGCCCAAUCAGGGACCUCAAGGUGUCCGGUAUCACCACUGACAGGUGCCAUUUGGCCUGGGAAGUUCCUGAGGAUGAUGGUGGCUGUGAGAUCUACAACUACAUCAUUGAAAAAUGUGAGACCAAGAGAGGAGUUUGGUCAGUCCAUUCUAAUGCUGUCAUCACCAACAAAGCCAACGUAACACGUCUUAUUGAGGGAAAUGAGUAUGUCUUCAGAGUUCGAGCAGAGAACAAAAUGGGCCCUGGCCCUGCAGUUGAGAGUGAGGCUAUUGUUGCUGGCACACAGUUCAAUGUACCUGAUGCCCCCGAAGCACCAGAAGUCAUCAAGGUUGGCAAGGAGGAGAUGACUGUUCAGUGGUCAGAGCCAGAGAAAGAUGGCGGAAAGCCAAUCACAGGUUAUCUGUUGGAGAAGAGGGAAGAGCAUGCCAUAAGAUGGUCUCCUGUCAUUAAGGAUCCAAUCCCUGCAACUCGCUUUACAGUCACAGGACUUUUGCCUCUUCAUGAAUAUCAGUACAGAGUCAAGGCUGUGAACGAAAUUGGCACUGGAAAUCCAAGCAAGGCCUCUCGUGCCAUCACUGCAAAGGAUGCAGUUGGCAAAUAUUGCCUGACUCUGCAGAGCCCUGCAGGAGAGAAGGCCGUGUUUGUCACUGUUAAGGUUCUGGGUAAGCCAGAUCCUUGUCAGAGGAUUGAAGUCCUGGAAAUAACUAAGAAUAGUGCCAUGGUUGGCUGGGUGAAGCCUGAAAGAGAUGGCGGGGCCAAGAUUGAUGGCUAUGUCAUUGAAUACAUUGAAGUCAAACCUCCUCCAGAGCCACCAGCACCUGUAGAGGUACCUGAAGGAGAGGAAGCUCCUCCACCUCCUCCAGCACCCCCUGUUGUAGAGGAGGAAGAUGAGGCAGAACCAGUGAAGGAAGAAUGGAACACCUACACAACAGUUAAAGGGUUAACGAUCAGUAUCAGUGGGCUGAAAGAAGGCAAGAGGUACAAGUUUAGAGUUGCUGCAAAGAACAUUAUGGGUCUGAGCUCAUUCACCGAGACCAGAGAACCGACUGAGAUCAAGGAACAGAUGGUGGAGCCAAAGAUUGUUAUGCCUGAGACAGCAAGUGCUAAAGCUGGAGCCAAGCUCAGAGUGGAGGCAGUGGUUUCAGGAAAACCUGCCCCCACCUGCAAAUGGAUGCGUGGUGAGGAUGGGGUCGUCCCAUCUAGUCGUCUGGCUGUGCAUAAGUCAGGAAACCUGUGUGUCCUUAUCAUCAAAGAUGUGUCAAGGACUGACAGUGGAGAUUACAGCCUUGUGGCUGAGAACAACUCUGCAAAGGUGUCCCAGGCUUUGAAAGUUAUCAUCAGAGAUAUCCCUGGUCCUCCGGAAGGCCCUGUGGAGAUCAGUGACAUUGACUCUGAUGCUUGCUCUCUGUCCUGGAAUAAACCCCUGGAGGAUGGGGGCAGCAAUAUCACCAACUAUGUGGUUGAGAAAUGUGAUGUGAGUAGGGGUGACUGGGUGACAGCCCUGUCCUCUUGCUCAAAGACCGGUUGCAGGUUGGGAAAGCUUAUUCCUGGGAAGGAAUAUGUGUUUCGUAUUCGGGCUGAGAACCGCUAUGGUGUGUCAGACCCCACCCCGUCUGACAGGAUGGUGGCCAAGUUCCCCUUUGGUAAACCUGAAGUCCUGGAUGUCACCAAGAACUCUGUCACACUGGUUUGGACACGUCCCAAGAAUGAUGGUGGAAGCAAGAUUAUUGGAUACUAUGUUGAGGCCACGCGAGUGCCAGGAGACGCCUGGAUACGCUGUAACACAAGCAGUCAAAAUGUCCCCAGGGAGGAGUACACAGUGACUGGCCUGGAGAGAGACCUUCAGUACCAGUUCAGAGUUAUAGCUAAGACUGCUGUCAACAUAAGCAAACCAUCAGAACCCACUGACCCAAUCCUGGUCUGUGCUGAGAAUGUUCCUCCAAGAGUGGAGCUUAAUGCCAAGAUGCAGAAGGGAUUUAAGGUCAAGGCUGGGGCUACAGUCCUCCUGGAGGCUGAGGUGUUUGGCAAACCCAUGCCCAAAGUCACAUGGAAGAGGGCGGAUGAUAACCUGAAGUCAGGAGAGGGCCAGGUCAUCACUCAACAGCGGCAUCACUUCCAGCUGGAGAUGACAGCCGUUACCAAGGAGCACUCAGGAACCUACACAGUGUUGGCUGAGAACGCCAGUGGCUCCAAAAGUGCCGAGAUCGAAGUCAAUGUGCUCGCCGUUCCUGGCCCAUGUGAAGCCCCCGUGAUCACAAACGUGACUAAAGACCAAAUGACUGUGAGCUGGAAGGAGCCUGCCGACGAUGGAAAAUCGACCAUUCUGGGUUACAUGAUAGAAAAGAAAGAGACAAAGGAGAUUAACUGGGCCAAGCUGACCAGGAAACCAGUGACAGAGAGGACACUGGAAGUCACAGGCCUAACAGAGGGAUUGGAAUAUGAGUUCAGAGUCAUCGCAGUCAAUGUGGCUGGGCCUGGUAAACCCAGUGAGCCGUCUGCUGGUGUCAGCGCACAGAAUCCCAUCACUCCUCCCGGACCAAUUGUGAACCCGAGUGUUACUGACACUACUCACUGCACCAUCGGUCUCACCUGGUCUGCCCCCGCCAACAAUGGUGGCAGCCCUAUCAUUGGAUACUUGGUGGAAUGCAAGAGGACUGAUACCACUGACUGGAUCCGCUGCAACGUUCCCAGGGCCCUACAAGACACCAACUAUGUCAUCCAGAAUCUCAUUGACAAGGCAGAGUACCAGUGUCGCAUCACGGCUGUCAACAAAGUCGGCUUCGGCGAGCCAGUUGAAGUUCCUGGGAAGCAUGUUGCAAAGGACAUUAUUGUUGCUCCUGAGGCAGAGUUAAGCGCAGACCUGAAACAAGUCCUGGAGCUAUGCGCUGGUUCCACCAUGAAGUUGCAGGCUACCAUCAAAGGUCGUCCCAUUCCCAAGGUUACCUGGGCAAAGAUGAACACCAACAUCAAGGAUCGCCAGGGCAUCAUUAUCAAAUCCAGCAACGUUGAUACAAUGGUUAUGGUGGAGAAAGUCAACAGAUAUGAUGCUGGCAAAUACAUUUUGAACCUUGAAAGCUCUGCUGGCAUGAAGAUGUACACCAUUGUUGUCAAAGUCCUUGAGGAGCCUGGACCAGUUAUGGACUUCAAGACCAUCCUGGUGACCAAGGAUUCCUGUACUCUGAGCUGGAAGAAGCCUCUCACGGAUGGUGGCAGUCGCAUCAUCUGCUAUGUGUUGGAGGUCCUCAAUGGUGACGAUAAUUACAAAGAGCUCAUGAGGUCUAAGAAUAUGCAGUACAGUGCAAAGGACCUGGUGGAGGGCAGAGAGUACACAUACCGUGUCAAGUCUGUAAAUGACGCUGGAGAGAGUUCUGCCAAGGAGCUGACUGUGGUCGCCAAGGACCAGAUCAAUGUCCCUGAUGCACCUGCCCCUCCUUCAAUCAUGAGCAUGCGCCAUGAUUCUGCGUAUCUGGCCUGGUCUGACCCCAGGAAGACUGGAGGAUCUCCCAUCACAGAUGCUCCCGGUAAGCCGGACGUGAUCAGCAUCACCAGAAGCAGUGUGACCCUUCAGUGGACUGAACCUCAGUUCGAUGGUGGCCACAGGCUGACUGGAUACAUCGUUGAGAAACGAGACUUACCCUCUAAAAUCUGGGUGAAAGCCAACAAUGUGAAUGUAGUGGAGCCUGCAUUCACUGUGGCUGAUCUGCAGGAGGGCUGCAAAUAUGAAUUUAGGAUCAGGGCAAAGAAUGCUGCCGGUGCCCUCAGUCCACCAUCAGAGCAGACGGAUACCAUCAUCUGUAGAGAUGAAUAUGCGGCACCAACCAUUAUCAUCGAUGCCCAGGUGAAGGAGGGUCUCACUGUCCGAGCUGGUGAUACUAUUGUCAUUACUGCCACGAGCAUUUUGGGCAAACCAUCACCAACUUCAUGCUGGUCAAAGGGAGGAAAAUACUUUAAACCAUCUGACAUUGUUCACAUUGAAACCACUGCAACUUCAUCCACUCUGUCCAUAAAAUAUGCGGGCAGGAAGGACUCUGGAGAGUACACUAUCACUGCAAGCAACCCCUUCGGUGUGAAGGAGGAAACUGUUAAGCCUAUGCCAAUAUUUGUUAACAAGAAUGUCAUCACAAUUCAAUGGACCAAACCUGAGUAUGAUGGAGGCUUCAAAAUCACUGGCUACACAGUGGAGAAGAGAGAGCUUCCUGCCGGUCGCUGGAUGAGGGCCAACUUCACUAACAUCAUAGAGACAACGUUCACUGUCAGUGGACUGACUCAGGACACCUCCUAUGAGUUCCGUAUCAUAGCCAGAAACUCAGCGGGGGCAGUGAGCGUGCCCUCUGACCCAUCAGACCCAAUUAUCUGCAAAGAUGACAUCAUUGAACCACGUAUCAUGGUCGAUGCCAUCUUUAAGGAUGUUGUUCUACUUAAGGCAGGUGAGUCUUUCAAGCUUGAUGCCGAUAUUGCUGGUCAACCAACACCAUCCAUGGUUUGGACCAAGAAUGGAAAGGAAGUGGAGAACACCAUGAAACUUGAAGUCAGGUUCACUGAGCUGACCACAACUCUGACCAACAAGGACUCUGUCAGAUCAGAUGGUGGGGAAUUUGUCCUGACUGCCACUAAUGUCGGUGGAUUUGCAAAGCACAUCUUUAAUGUGAAAGUGCUUGACAGACCGGGACCACCAGUUGGACCUCUGGAAGUGUCUGAUGUUACUGCUGACAACUGCGUACUUACCUGGGCCCCGCCUGCAGAUGAUGGGGGAGCCAAGAUUGAAGGAUAUGUGAUUGAGAAACGUGAAUCAAGCAGACUUGUUUGGACCAAUGUGGUUUCAAAUCUGCAAGUUACACAACACAAAGUGACUAAGCUUCUUAAAGGAAAUGAAUAUAUAUUCAGAGUUAUGGCAGUGAACAAAUAUGGACUUGGUGAAUCUCUCGAAUCAGAGCCCACUAUUGCAGACAACCCUUAUGUGAUUCCGGAUCCUCCAGAAAAUCCUGAAGUCACAGCUAUCACUAAAGAUUCAAUGUUCCUUAUGUGGCAAGCACCAAAGAGUGAUGGUGGAACUCCCAUUACAAACUACAAUAUUGAAAGGAAAGAUAGAUUAGGCCUCCGUUGGGUCAAAUGCAACAAAAGGAAGGUUAAAGAUCUACAGUUUAAGGCAACAGGCCUUGUUAAUGGGCAUGAAUAUGAAUUCAGAAUAAUUGCAGAAAAUGCCGCUGGAGUGAGUGCACCAAGUGUAUCAAGUCCUUUCUACAAGGCCACUGAUGGACUGUACAUGCCAGGGGCUCCAUGCAACCCCAGAAUAUUGGACACAACCAAGUCUUCAAUUACCAUUGCCUGGAACAAACCUGUUUACGAUGGUGGCUCUGAAAUUACUGGCUACAUUGUGGAGACUUGCAUCCCAUCUGAAAAGGAGGAAGAGGAGGAAUGGACAAUUGUGACACCCAAGGAGGGUCUCGUUGCUACUUCAUUUACAAUUAUUAAUCUAAAAGAAAACCAGGAGUACAAGAUAAACAUUUCUGCCAUCAACAGUGAAGGAAUUGGAGAGGCGGCAUUGGUACCUGGAAGUCCCAAAGCAGAGGACAGACUCCUCCCACCUGAGAUUGAUUUAGAUGCUGAGCUCCGCCAAAUGGUCAGUCUCAGAGCCUGCUGCUCUCUCAGACUGUUCGUGCCAAUCCGAGGUAGACCAGCUCCUCAGGCCAAAUGGACUAAAGGUGAUGGUGAACCUGUGGAGAGAGCAACUAUUGACAGCACAACAUCAUACACAUCACUUGUAAUUGAAAAUGUCAACAGAUUUGACAGUGGAAAAUAUAAUCUUACCGUUGAAAACAGUUCUGGCUCCAAAGAGGUCUCAGUCCAAGUCAGGGUUCUCGACACACCAAGUGCCCCACAGAAUCUGAAGAUUGCGGCUGUCACAAAUGAAGCCGUCACCCUCACAUGGGAUCCACCAGUGAAUGAUGGAGGGGUCAAAGUUAAGAAUUAUGUAGUUGAAAAACGUGAGUCUACAAGGAAAGCAUAUGCCACAGUUAAUGCUAAUUGCCACAGCACCACCUUCACAGUUCAGCAGCUUCUAGAAGGCUGCAACUAUUACUUCAGAGUUUUGGCUGAAAAUGAGUAUGGUAUUGGCUUGCCGAUAGAAACUGUUGAAUCAGUUAAAGUCUCUGAGAAACCACAGCCACCUGGAAAAAUCACCCUCAAGGAUGUUACCAAAAACAGUGUGACCCUUUCAUGGGAGAGGCCAGAGCAUGAUGGCGGCAGUAGAGUCGGCUGUUAUGUUGUUGAGAUCCAGCCUAAAGGUGUUGAGAAGUGGACCCAGUCUGUGAUUGUAAAGGAAACAGAAGCUACCAUCAGUGGACUAAAUGCAGGUGAAGAGUACAUGUUCCGCGUGGCGGCAAGAAAUGAAAAAGGAACAAGUGAUCCUCGUCAAAUUGGAGUCCCGGUGAUAGUCAAAGACCUUGUGAUAGCACCUGUUGCUAAGUUAUUGUUCAACACUUUCAGUGUGUUAGCAGGAGAAGAUCUGACAGUGGAUAUUCCUUUCGUUGCACGUCCCAAAGCAGCUGUCUCUUGGGUGAAGGACGGUCAGCCCCUAAAGAGAACUACCAGAGUUGGCUUUAGUGCAACAGAAACCAAGCUCAAUCUUACCAUUAAAGAAGCUGCUAGGGAUGACGUUGGACACUAUGUUAUUACUCUCACUAACACAGCAGGAGAGACAACAGCAAAUAUUGGCAUUGUUGUUCUUGACAAACCUGGCCAACCCACUGGUCCAGUUAAAGUGGAGGAAGUCACUUCUGACAGUGUAACCAUUUCCUGGAAUCCACCAGAGUAUACUGGUGGUUGCACCAUCAAACACUACAUUGUGGAAAAGAGAGAAACAUCCACAAAUACCUGGAUGGUUGUUUCACCCAACCUUGCAAGAACAAAAAUUAAGGCAGGACGGUGUAAGACUGGCUCAGAGUAUCAGUUUAGAAUCACAGCUGAAAACAGAUACGGGAAAGGCCCAGCCCUCAUGUCAGAGUGUAUUGUGGCUCAAUACCCAUAUAAGCUACCAGGACCACCUGGAACACCAUCCAUUGCAGAAUGCAGCAAGGACAGCAUGGUUGUGGCCUGGAAUGAACCUGUAAAUGAUGGAGGAAGCAAUAUCUUAGGCUACCAUCUUGAAAGGAAAGAGAGAAACAGCAUUCUUUGGGUGAAACUAAACAAGUCUCUUAUUACUGAACAGACCUUCAAGACCACAGAACCCAGCUCACCGACAGUUUUCUUCAAAGCUCUUGAUCCCAUUUUCUGUCCUGGCCCGCCUUACAACCCGAAGGUUACUGACACAACAAAAACAUCAGUGUUCCUGUCAUGGGGAAAGCCAGUGUGCGAUGGAGGCUGUGAGAUUCAGGGAUACAUUGUUGAAUGUUGUCUUGCAAAGGAGCCAACGGCGCCCGAGGCUGAGGCUACGGAUGCAGAAGCAGCUCCCACAGAAGCACCUGCUGAAGAAUGGACAAUGUGCACGCCACCAUCAGGUGUAAAAAAGACUAAAUUUGAGGCUGAAAAUCUCAAAGAAAACCAAGCAUACAAGUUUAGGGUGUGUGCAAUCAACAAGGUGGGGGUUGGUGAACAUGCUGAUGUCUCUGGAGCUAUUGUUGUGCAGGACAGGCUUGAGGAGCCAGACCUCGAUAUUGACCCUGAACUGAGAAAGAUUGUAACCAUCAAAGCUGGCACUUCACUCAGACUGUUCAUUCCUAUCAAAGGAAGACCCACUCCUACCAUCAAGUGGGACAAAGAUGAAAGUGCUCUUAAAGAGUCUGCGCAUGUUGAGACAACCAGCAGUUACACAUCACUUGUCAUUGAUAAGAUGAGCAGACACGACAGCGGAAAAUACACUGUUACUGUGGAGAACUCAAGUGGAACCAAAUCUGCAUAUGUGGUUGUCCGUGUACUUGACACACCGAGCUCUCCUGUUAAUCUUAAAGUGAAAGAAAUUACAAACCAGUCAGUUACGCUGGCAUGGGAGCCGCCUCUUUUGGAUGGUGGAUCCAAGAUCAAAAAUUACAUCAUUGAAAAGAGAGAAAGCACACGCAAAACAUACGCUGCUGUGGUAACUAGCUGCCAUGCUCUUUCAUGGAAAAUUGAACAACUCCAGGAGGGCUGCAGUUACUACUUCCGUGUUCUUGCAGAAAAUUCUUAUGGUGUUGGCUUGCCUGCCUCCACAGUAGAUCCUCUAAAGGUUUCAGAGGUGCCCCAGUCUCCAAAGAGUUUGACUGUUACAGAUCAGACUAAAACAAGCAUUUCAUUGUCAUGGGAGAGGCCAGAAUAUGAUGGCGGAAGCAGAGUCAUCCAGUAUCUGCUUGAAGUGCAGCUAAAGGGCCAGGAGAAGUGGUCUGGUGUAAACACCUAUAAGACGAUGGAGGCUACAGUUUCUAAUCUCAACCCAGGAGAGGAGUAUCUGUUCCGAAUUACUGCAAUGAACGAUAAGGGAAAGAGUGACCCAAAAGUUCUUGCUGGACCUGUGAUGACCAAAGACUUGGUCUUUGAGCCAGAUAUCCGCCCAGCCUUCAGCAGCUACAGCGUACAUGUGGGCAAAGACAUGAAUGUUGACAUUCCCAUCUUUGGAAGGCCAAAACCAGUAGUUACUUGGACUAAAGAUGGAGCUGCCCUAAAGUUCACCACCAGGGUAAAUAUUAUUAACACACCAACACUUACAACACUGAGCAUUAAGGAAGCAGCAGGUGAUGACGGAGGCCUGUAUGGCAUUACUGCUACUAACUCAUCUGGAAAGAAGGACACAGCAGUUGAGAUUAUUGUGCUUGACAAACCUGGCCCUCCAUCUGGUCCUGUGAGAUUUGAUGAAAUUACAACACAGAGCAUCACUAUUUCUUGGGAUCCACCAAAGCACAAUGGGGGAUGUCAAAUUUCAAACUAUGUUGUUCAGAAGAGAGAUACUACCAGUACAACAUGGGAAAACGUCAGCAUCAACUGUGCAAGGACCAGCAUCAAAGUGGCCAGACUGAAGACUGGCGCUGAGUACCAGUUUAAGAUCAUUGCCCAAAACCGCUAUGGCAAGAGUCACGGCCUGGACUCAUCGGCUGUAGUUGCUCAGUACCCAUACAAAGAGCCAGGCCCACCAGGCACUCCAUUCAUCUCCUCCCUCUCCAGGGACCACCAGGUUGUGGAGUGGCAUGAGCCAGUCUCAGAUGGAGGCAGUGCUGUUCUAGGAUACCAUCUGGAAAGGAAAGAGAGAAACAGCAUUCUGUGGGUCAAAAUCAACAAGACCCUUAUUCAUGGGAAUAGUUUCAAGAGUCAUCCAUUAGAGGAAGGCACUGAGUAUGAAUACAGGGUUUAUGCAGAAAAUAUUGUUGGUAUUGGUAGAAGCAGUAAGGUCUCAGAGGGCUGUGUUGCUCGUGACCCAUGUGAUCCUCCUGGUAUACCAGAGGCCACCCAUGUGACCAAAGAUACUAUUGUCAUUCAGUGGACUAAACCAGAAUAUGAUGGUGGAAGUAAUAUUACUGGAUAUGUCAUAGAGAGGCGUGAUCUGCCAGAAGGAAGGUGGGUAAGAGCAAAUUUCACAAACGUGAUAGAGACGCAGUUCACCGUAACAGGCCUGACUGAAAAUGCCCAGUAUGACUUCAGAGUCAUUGCUAAAAAUGCUGUUGGGACAGUCAGUAAGCCAUCAUACAACAGUGGUCCAAUCACUGCAAGUGAUAAUAUAGAAGCCCCCAAAUUCUCCAUUGACCCUGCAUUCACCAAGACCAUCAUCGUAAAUGCUGGAGACACAUUCAAGUUAGAUGCUGACGUCCGUGGCAAACCCUUGCCCACAAUCCAGUGGUUUAAGGAUGAAAAGCCUGUUGAGAACACACUCAGACUGGAGAUCAGGAACGCAGAAAGCCAUGCUCUCAUCGUCAUUAAGGAUGCCGUCCGAGUUGAUGGUGGAACUUACACCCUUCUGCUCACAAAUGACGCAGGCAGUGAAACAAUUCCCUUCAAAGUUGUGGUCCUGGACAAGCCUUGCCAGUGUGAGGGUCCACUCCAUAUCACAGGAGUUGCUGAGGAUAGAUGCACACUGGCAUGGCGGGCCCCCCCACACGAUGGAGGAAGUGCCAUUCGUCAUUACAUCAUUGAGAGAAGAGAGACCAGUCGACUGGCCUGGACUGUUGUUUCCAACAGCUGUGAUACAACAUGCUAUAAAGUUACCAAACUGCUGGAAGGUAAUGAAUAUAUAUUCCGUGUGAUGGCGGUCAACAGCUAUGGUGUUAGUGAGCCUCUGGAGUCUGGGGCAGUGAUCAUGAAGAUUCCAUUUGUUCCCCCUGCAACAGGCCUCACCACAGGCCAUGAGUACGAGUUCAGAGUGGCCGCUGAGAACAUAGUUGGAGUUGGAGUACCAAGCCUUCCAAGUUCAUAUUACAGGGCAAGCGAUCCGAAGUACAAACCAGGGUACAUUGUUGAAGUUUGCAAAGCUGAGGAGGAGGAAUGGACCAUGGUUACUCCCCCUACUGGGCUGCGCGUCAACAAAUAUGAAAUCACAAAACUUACUGAGGGCCUGGAAUACAAAAUCCAAGUGUGUGCCCUCAAUAAGAUAGGAGUUGGCGGAGCUGAAAUUCAAGGCUAUCAUCUAGAAAAACGCGACAAAGAUGGUGUGAGGUGGACAAAAUGCAACAGGCAAAAGUUGACUGACACUCACUUCAAGGUCACUGGUCUGAUGACAGAUCACUUCUAUGAGUUCCGUGUUGCAGCUGAGAAUGAGGCUGGAAUUGGAGAUCUCAGUGAAUUGUCCCUGUUCUACAGAGCAUGUGAUGCUACAACGCCCCCUGGACCUCCACACCACCCUAAGGUCACAGAUUACACAAAGUCCUCCGUUUCCCUGUCUUGGGGUAAGCCUGACUUUGAUGGUGGAGCCUACGUCAAGGGAUACAUCGUUGAAAUGAGGGAGUACACACCAGGGGCUGAAACAACAGAUGAAGCAGAAGUGGCUCCAGCAGUUGAAGCACCUGUGGAAAAAGAAUGGACAAUGUGCACUCCACCCACUGGCAUUCAAGCCACUAAACUCACGAUCACAGACCUGCAGGAGGGCAAGGAGUACCAGUUCCGUGUCUGUGCCAUCAACUCAGAGGGAGUCGGGGAGGCUGCUAGUGUCCAUGGCACAAUAGUAACUUCUGACAGGUCAGAAGGACCAGAGAUAGAGCUGGAUGCUGACCUCAGAAAGGUGAUAUCUGUCCGUGCUGGUGGAACUCUACGUCUGUUUGUUGCAAUUAGAGGAAGACCUCAACCUACCGUGAGAUGGGAAAAGGUCGAGGAUACCCUGAGUGAACAUGCAGCAAUCGACACUACUAGUUCAUACACCAUGCUUGUUAUUGACAACGUUAACAGAUUUGACAGUGGCAAAUAUUCACUAACACUGGAGAACAGCAUCGGCACAAAAUCUGCUGUUAUUGUGGUGAGAAUUCUGGACACACCAAGUGCACCACAAAACUUUGCAGUGAAGGAGCUCAAGAAGGAUUCAGUUACUCUUGCCUGGGACACGCCACUUACUGAUGGAGGUGCGAAAAUUACAAACUACAUUGUGGAGAAGAGAGAAUCUGUCAGAAAGGCGUAUACGACUGUCACAAGUAACUGCACAGCCAACUCAUUUAAGAUUGAAGAGUUACCUGAAGGUGGAAUGUUCUACUUCAGAGUGUGUGCUGUCAAUGCUUAUGGCCAAGGACAGAUGGUUGAAACAAAAGAAGUCAAGGUGUCUGAAGUGCCUCUACCACCAAACAAGGUGACAGUUGUAGAUCUCACCAAGACCAGUGUGUCACUGGCCUGGGAAAAACCUGCACACGAUGGUGGAAGCAAAGUGAUGUGCUACAAUGUAGAAUUUAAGCCCAAGAGUGGGGACAAGUGGGGCACAGCCUGUACAGUCAAAGUGCCAGAAGCAACAAUCCCUAAUCUGACUCCCAAUGAAGCAUAUUUAUUCAGAGUUGUAGCAAUCAAUGAGAAGGGAAAGAGUGAACCAAAGGAUGUUGGCUUGCCUGUUGUUCCAAAGGAUAUUGGAGUUGAACCAUCAGUACACUUACUGUUCAACACAUACAGUGUGAAAGCUGGAGGUGACCUUACCCUUGAAGUCCCUGUAAGAGGCAGGCCGAAGCCUGUUGUAUCCUGGAAGAAGGAUGCCCUUCCUUUGAAGCAAACAUCAUCUGUGACCAUCUUAAAUACUGCGACCUCUUCCAAAAUUAUCAUUAAAGAGGCAAGCAGGGAUCACGUUGGCAAGUAUGAAAUUACCUUGGCCAACGCUGCAGGAACUGCCACGGCAGAUAUUGGGGUCGUUGUCCUUGAUAAACCAGGACCACCUAAAGGAAUCAAAGUGGAUGCUGUGACUUCAGACAGCAUCACACUGUCUUGGUCGCCUCCAGAAUAUGACGGUGGCUGCUCCAUCAGCAACUACAUUGUGGAGAAGAGAGACACAAACUCACAGGAAUGGCAAAUGGUUGCCAAGUAUGAUGGUGGAGCCAAAGUUUCCGGUUACAUUAUUGAACGCAGAGACCUUCCAGAAGGACGAUGGACGAGGUGUAACUUCACCAAUGUGCCUGAAACCCACUACGAUGUGACAGGCCUUACAGAGAACAGCCAGUACGACUUCCGUGUAAUUGCAAAGAAUGCAGCUGGACUGUUCAGUAUACCAUCGGAUAACACGGGCCCUAUAACUGCCAAGGAUGAUGUGGAUCCACCUCGAAUCAUGAUGGAUGUCAAAUUUAGAGAGACCGUCUUUGUUAAAGCAGGAGAAACUCUGAAGAUUAAUGCUGACCUUGCAGGACGUCCUGCCCCUGUUGUGUGCUGGACUAAAGAUGGCAAAGACAUUGAGCUUAGAGCCAGGAUCCAAAUAGUUUCAACAGAUACAAGCACCUCUGUCAUUGUAAAGGACUGCAUCAGAAGGGACUCUGGCCAGUACACUCUGACUCUACAGAAUAUUGCUGGAACAGUCACCAUGCCAAUAAACUGUGUGAUUCUAGAUAAACCAGGGCCCUCAGCAGGACCUCUGCAGAUCACUGAUCUGACGGCUGAGGACUGUAUGCUUUCAUGGGGUUCUCCGCAGGAGACUGGUGGCGCUGCAAUCACACAUUAUCCUGCAAAUGAUGGAGGCAGCCCCAUUCUUGGAUAUGUGAUUGAGCGCCGCGAGAAGACAGGCAUGCGCUGGGUUAGAGUUAAUAGAGAUCUAGUUGUUGAGUGUACCACCGUAGCGACAAAACUUCGCAAGGGUUGUGAGUAUGACUUCCGAGUCCUUGCUGAAAAUGCAGCUGGUCUAAGUCCACCAAGUGAACAUUCUGCAACAUUCAGGGCUCUAGACCCUCUGGUCACUCCUUCUCGCCCAACCAAACCAAAGAUUGUCACUUCAACCAAGGACACUGUGACUAUUGUAUGGAAACCACCAACAGAUGAUGGUGGUGCUCCUGUCUUGGGUUACAGUGUAGAAUACAGAGAUUUCAUCCGUAAACCAGAGCCAGAGGUUGAGGAAGAAGAGGAGGAAUAUUACGAUGAGGAGGAAGAGGAAGAGAUAGAAGAGUCACCUGAAGAACUGGCAAGAUGGGUUGAGGCUAUUCCUCUUACCAAGAGCUUGGAAUUCACAAUCCCUGGAUUAAAGACAGAUGCAGAAUACGAAUUCUGUGUGAGGGCAAUUAACAAAGUUGGCAGCAGUGUGCGCAGCUCAUGUUCAGAUCCAGCUGCAGCAAUGGACAGAACAGCAGAGCCAUCAUUUGAUGUUGACAUCGAACUGCGCAAGGUACUUAUUGCUAAGCAUGGUACAGCAUUUACUCUCAACGUGCCAUUUAAGGGAAUACCUGCACCAUCAGUCGAAUGGGCAAAGGAAGGCGUUGACCUGAAAGUCAGAGGAACCAUUGAAUCAACAGAAACUAAUACCUCCCUGACUAUUGAGAAUUCAAAUAGGAAUGACUCUGGAGAGUACUCUGUCACAAUUGAAUCACCUUUAGGAAAAGCAACACUGCCAAUGACAGUGAAGGUGCUUGACUCUCCUGGACCCCCAGUCGAUGUUAAAGUCACAGCCGUGACCCGGGAUUCUGCAACUCUCGCAUGGGAGCCUCCAGAGAACGAUGGCGGUGAUGCAGUAAAGGCCUACCAUGUAGAAAAACGUGAGGCCAGCAAGAAAGCUUGGGUAUCUGUGACCAUCAACUGCCACGCUCUGACCUACAAGGUGGAGGAUUUGCAGGAAGGAGCUGUCUAUUACUUCCGGGUCCUUGCAGAAAAUGAGUAUGGCGUAGGUGUGCCUCAGGAGGCCAAGGCUGGAACAAAGAUUACAGAGGUACCAAGUCAACCCACGAGACUUGGAGUUGCAAAUGUUACUAAAGACAGUGUAACACUUGCCUGGACAAGACCAGAGUACGACGGUGGUAGCAGAGUUACUGGGUACCUCAUUGAUGCUGUGGAGAAAGGACAAACCAAGUGGGUGAAGUGUGCCACUGUGAAGACCUUGACUCACACCAUCAAGAGUCUGAGGGAAGGGGCGGAGUAUUUCUUCAGGGUCCGUGCUGAGAACCAUGCUGGACUCAGUGAACCUAAGGAGAUGAUUGUUCCAGUUAUUGUCAAGGAAAUACAAGAGGCUCCAGAGUUUGACUUGAAGAACUACCCAAAGAAUAAAGUCUAUGUGAAAGCAGGCUCCAACCUGACCUUUGAAAUUCCUCUCACUGGCAAGCCUAUGCCAAAGGUGGCUGUGUCCAAAAACAAUGUUGUCAUCAAGGGAUCCAAGAGGCUUCUGACAGAAGUGACUCCAGGCAGUUUGUUCAUCACCCUAAAUGAAAGUAUUUCAUCUGAUGCUGGAAAGUAUGAGGUCACAGCUUCAAAUGCGGGAGGUACCACCAAAAUCUUCAUUAUCUUUGUGGUGCUGGACAGACCUGGACCUCUUAGUGGUCCAGUUCAGAUUGGAGAGGUUGGAGAGACAACAGUUUAUCUGAAAUGGGAUCCUCCAGAAUACGAUGGUGGCAGUCCUGUAACAAACUACAUUGUUCUUAAACGUGAAACCAGCACUCCUACCUGGGCAGAGGUGUCAACAAGUAUUGCAAGAAGCUCCAUCAAGGUGACUAAGCUGACCAAGGGCGAGGAGUAUCAGUUUAGAAUCAAGGCUCAGAAUCGCUACGGCGUCAGCGACCACAUUGACAGCAAACCUGUGAUGAUAAAGCUUCCCUAUACCAUUCCUGGACCUCCAUCCACGCCAUGGCUUAGCUUUGUUUCCAGAGAGAGCCUGACAGUCUGUUGGAAUGAGCCAGUCAAUGAUGGGGGAAAUCCUGUGAUUGGCUAUCACCUUCAGAUGAAAGAGAGGAGUAGUAUCAUCUGGCAGAAGGUCAACAAGACAGCAAUCCCUGGAAACCAAUGGCGUGUCACAAACAUCUGCCCUGGCCUCAUCUAUGAGUUCAAGGUUUCUGCUGAAAAUGCUGCUGGAAUUGGGAAGCUUAGCAAGACCUCUGAAGAAGUGCUUGCUAUUGAUGCCUGUGGCAACAUUUACCAGUUCAGAGUGACAGCCAUCAACAAGGCUGGAGAGAGUGAGGCAAGCGAGGUUUCUCUGUAUGUCAUCUGCAGAGUCCCAACAUGCACCCCAGCUCCUCCCUCUAUCCCACGUAUCACUGACACCCACGCUGACAGCAUCAGUCUGGCCUGGUCUCGACCUGUGGAGGAUGGAGGCGCCGAUUUGAUCGGCUACAUCCUGGAGAUGCAGGAGGCUGGGGCAGAGGAAUGGAAGAAGGUCCAUGAAAAGACCCUGCGUCCCCCAGAGCAUGUGGUUACGGGGCUCUCUUCAGGCAAGAAGUACUGCUUCAGAGUGGCUGGCGUCAAUGUGAACGGGGCAGGAGACUUCAGCGAACCGUGCGCUGAGACUGAGCCCGUAGAGAGAAUAGAAACUCCUGAUUUCGAGCUCCAUGAUGAUUUGAAGAAGACCAUCUGCCUCCGUGCUGGUGGCUCUCUCCGUCUUUUUGUUCAUGUCACUGGUCGUCCUGCUCCCACGAUCACUUGGACCAAGCCUGGUGUUGACCUCCAAAACAGAGGCUUCAUUGAGGUCACCAGCACAUCCACCACUCUCAUCAUUGAUAAGGUUCACCGCUAUGAUGCUGGCAAGUACACACUGGUGGCUGAGAACUCCGCUGGGAAACAGGAAGUCAACAUUCUUGUGAAGGUCUACGACUUUGAGCACACCAUCGAGAAACUUAAUGAGAAAGAGCAGUACUUGUUCAGAAUAAAAGCAGUCAACAGCAGAGGAGCUAGCGAGCCGAAAGAGCUCGUUUCUGCUGUCACUGUACAGGAACAGAGAGUGAUGCCUGUGGUGGACUUCUCCAGUAUUCCUCAGAAGGUGGUGAAUGUCCUGGCAGGUAAGACUCUGGACCUAGACCUGCCCAUCGUCGGCAGACCUCCUCCAGUCUGCUCCUGGUACUUCGCCAACAACAAAUUGAAGGUCACAGAACGCGUCAAGAUCAAAAGUACCGGCAAGUUCUCCAAACUGACCGUAUCUGACACCACCAUCGAUGACACUGGUGAAUACACCCUGGAGGUGAAGAAUGUUGUUGGCACCAUCAGUGAGGUCAUCAAAGUCAUCGUUCUCUCUAAACCUGAUGAGCCAACAGGACCCUUCAGAUUGGAUGAAAUUGAUGCCACCACUGUCACCUGUAGCUGGGAUCCCCCAGUCAGGGAUGGUGGAGCUCCCAUCAGUGGCUAUGUGGUGGAGCAGCGUGAUGCUCACAGGCCCGGUUGGGUACCUGUCUGUGACUCAGUCAGCCGACCCACAUUCAAGUUUGAGAACCUCAUUGAAGGAGACGAGUAUGUCUUCCGUGCGGCUGCAACAAAUCGAUAUGGCACCGGAGAGUACCUGCAGUCUGAAAUAGUCACCUGCAAGAGCUUAAAGAAUGUGCCUGGACCUCCUGGUCGUCCAAUCGUCUUUGAUGCGUCUCGGGAUGGCAUGACUAUAGCCUGGGAACCACCAGAGGAAGAUGGUGGUCUCGAGGUUUCUGGAUACGUCAUUGAGCGCAAAGAAGUCAGGAUUACAGAUACAACCAAGUCCUCUGUGUCACUGGCUUGGAGUCCACCCGAUGAUGAAGGUGAUGCCAGGGUGGAUGGUUAUCUGAUUGAGAUGCAGAAGGUGGGCACCGUGGCCUGGAUCAAGUGCAACACCACACCAUCGCUCAUCUGUGAGUACACACUGACCAACAUGCCACAAGGAGAGGAGUUCAAAUUCCGUGUGAUGGCCUGCAACGCCGGUGGCUCUGGAGAGCCAGCUGAAGUCCCUGGAACAGUCACUGUGACAGAGAUGCUGGAAUCUCCUGACUAUGACCUGGAGCUCAAAUACAAAGAUGUGUAUGUGGUGCGCUAUGGAGGAGUUGUUAGACUCUCUGUGCCCGUCAAGGGUAAACCACAGCCAACAUGCAAAUGGUCCAAAGAUGGUAGUGCAGUCUCCGCCAAGGCUAUGAUUGCUUCCACUGAGGAUUCCAGCGAGCUUGUGAUCAAAGGUGCAGAGAGGACAGACUCUGGUGUCUAUGACCUUCUUCUGGAGAAUAGGGUUGGCAAAAAGAAAGCCCAAAUCAAAGUGAAGGUCAUAAGCCGCCCAAGCGCCCCGGAGGGACCAAUGGUCUUUGAGGAAAUCCAAGCCAACUCUGUGAAAUUGUCCUGGAAGGCGCCUAAAGAUGACGGAGGCUCAGAAGUCCUUGGUUACAUUGUAGAAAGGCGUGAGGCAACCAGAAAUGCCUGGUAUACCGUAGACUCCCGGGUGACUGAGACUCAGCUCGUCGUUAAGGGACUCAGAGAGGGCACAGAGUACCACUUCAAGGUCACAGCCGAAAACAACUUUGGUGUCAGUGCUUCUCUGAAGUCUGAUCAGCCACUGGUAGCCAAGACGCCUCUCUGUCCCCCCGAGCCUUCGAGCACCCCACCAGAGAUCAUGGACGUCACAAAGAGCUCGGUGGCACUGGCCUGGUCCAGACCAAAGGACGAUGGUGGCUCUGCCAUCACUGGCUAUUUUGUUGAGUACAAAAUGGCGUCUGCCGAGACGUGGUCCCGCCACAGCACCAAGACAACUUCCACCAUGUUUACUCUGCCCGGACUCACCCCUGAUACAGAGUACCAGUUCCGCAUCGUUGCCGUCAACGACAUCGGCGAGAGUGAGGCUGGUCCUGCAUCUGACCUCGUCACAUGCAAAGAUCCAUUUGACAAGCCCAGCCAACCAGGUGAAAUUGACACAGUGAAUGUGAGUAAUAACUCCAUAGGCAUUCGCUGGCAGCCUCCAGAAUGUGAUGGUGGAAAGGAGGUCUUGGGCUACUGGGUGGAGUACAGGAAGUCUAUAGAGAGCACCUGGAAGAAGUGCAAUAAGCAGAGGCUGAAAGAAAAAGAAUUCACCAUGAGAGGACUGGCUGAAGCCACAGAAUACGAGUUCAGGGUGUUUGCGGAGAAUGAGACAGGAAUGAGCCGACCCCGCAGGACUGCCACAUGCAUCAAGACCAAACUAAGUGUUGAGAGUAAACCAAGCAUGAGGAAGGAAAUGGAUGAAGUUACGGUCAAACUCGGCCAGCCUGCUGUUAUGAAGUGCCAGAUUAUUGGCAGACCUGUUCCAGAGAUAAAGUGGUAUCACGUCGGCAAGGAGAUCGUUGAGUCUCGGAAGUACGAGAUGAGCUCUGAUGGCCGCAACCACUCUCUGUCUAUAAUGACCGACCAGCAGGAGGAUGAGGGAGAAUACAUCUGCAAGGCCAUUAAUGAUGCAGGAGAAGCCGAAACCGCAGGGGUCCUGGUUCUGGAGGCAGCUCCCUCCUUCCACCCCGAUUACCCGCUGAAGGAAACCUACUAUGCUGGACUGGGAACCACUCUACGCAUUCACGCCGUGUACAUUGGCCGUCCAGAGCCAAAGAUCAUGUGGCUGCAUGGGGCCAAGACUCUGGAGAAUACAGAGGACAUCAGCAUUGAGACCACUGAGCACUACACUCACCUGGUCAUCAAGAACGUCCAGCGGAGAGUACACGGAGGGAAAUACAGGAUCAGGCUGCACAACCACUUUGGCAGGGCUGACACUGCGUUCAAUGUGGAGAUAUACGUGCCUAACCUCAUUGACAGCGCUGGAUACUUCUUCCGUGUCUACGCCCAGAAUCGCUAUGGCAACAGUGACCCACUGGAACUUACAUCACCUAUUCUGAUCAAGAGUCAGCUUGAGAAACCGUCACCACCCCUUUCACCAGUCGUUUCUGGAAUCACUAAGGACUCCUGUGUGGUUUCCUGGAAACCUCCGCUCAGUGAUGGAGGAUCUAAGAUCAAGAGCUAUUGCCUUGAAGAGAAGCACAAGAAGGAUAAGAAGGAAUGGAGUGAAUGGGCUCUGGUAACCACCGAUGAAAUCAAACAGACGGUGUUCUCUGUGAAGCGCCUGACGGAGGGCAUCCAGUACAUCUUCCGGGUGAAGUGUGAGAACCUCGGAGGACAGAGUGACUACAGCGAGGAGACCGCGCCUGUCGUCCCUGCAACGGCUGUUGACGUACGUGCUCCUGCCUUCAAGGAGGAGCUCAGGAACAUGAGUGUCAAGUACAAAAGCAACGCCACCCUCGUCUGCAAGAUCACAGGACAGCCUAAGCCCGUCAUUAAAUGGUUCAGGCGUGGAAAGGAGAUCCAUUCGGAUGGAAAGAAGAUCAAGAUCCAGGAGUUUAAGGGAGGAUACCACCAGCUGGUCAUUACUGAGGCAGAUGAAGAAGACUCCACAGUUUACCAGAUCAGGGCUACCAACCAGGGUGGCUCCAUCUGUGCCACCGUGUCUCUGGAUGUUGAAGUGCCUGCCAAGAUUAACCUGCCAAAGAACCUGAAGGACAAGGAGGCCAUUCCAGCUCUCCGUGGGGAGAUGGUCAAUAUCAAGAUUCCUUUCACUGGAAAACCAGAUCCUGUUAUCACCUGGCAGAAAGGACAAGACCUCAUUGACAGCAAUGGACACUACCAAGUUAUCGUCACCAGGUCCUUCACUUCACUGGUGUUCCCAAGUGGAGUGGAAAAGAAGGACGCUGGUUUCUACAUUGUCUGUGCCAAGAACAGGGAGGUUGAUGAUACCGGUCGUGUCCCCAAGGGCAAGGCCCCGCACUCCGAAUCCAAGAAUCUGCACAACAAAUAUGCCAUUGCAGAGGAACUGGGCAGAGGUCAGUUUGGCAUCGUCCACCGCUGCGUAAACACCAGCUCUGAGAGGACUUACAUGGCUAAAUUUGUUAAAGUGAGAGGGGCUGAUCAGGCCAUAAUCAAGAAGGAAAUUGCAACACUCAAUCUGGCCAAACACACCAACUUCCUGCUCCUCCAUGAGUCUUUUGACAGCCCUGAGGAGUUAGUGAUGAUCUAUGACUUCAUCUCUGGUGUUGACAUCUUUGAGCGCCUCAGUACGGCUGAGUUUGAGCUGAAUGAGCGGGAGAUCAUUAACUACAUCAGGCAGGUCUGCUCCGCCCUGGAGUUCCUGCAUGCCCAGAGCUACGGACACUUCGACAUCAGACCAGAGAACAUUGUGUACACAACCAGAACCAGCUCAAUUGUAAAGAUAAUUGAACUGGGACAGUCCAGACACCUGACUCCUGGAGAUCAGUUCAAGGUUCAGUAUACCACUGCUGAGUAUGCGGCCCCCGAGAUCCACCAGUGUGACAUGGUUAGCACAGUCACAGACAUGUGGUCAGUUGGUGUCCUAGCUUAUGUGCUGAUCAGUGGACUAAAUCCAUUCACAGCUGAAACCAACCAGCAGAUGAUUGAUAACAUCUCCAACGCAGCCUACAGCUAUGACGACGAGUCCUUCAAGCAGGUCAGUGUGGAAGCUCUAGACUUCACAGACCGCCUGAUGACAAAGGACCGAAAGCACCGCAUGGCUGCCGCUGAGGCCCUGGCACAUCCUUGGCUCACAAAACCUGCUGAGGAGAUCAGUGCCAGAGCAAUCCCAACUGGAAGGCACAAGAGAUACUACCAGACAAUGGUGAAGAAGGAGUGGAGCACGGUUGUCUCUGCCGCCCGAGUGGCCAGCGGUGGCUCCAUCCGGUCCCAGAGGGGAGUCUUUGUCUCCAAGGUGAAGAUUGCUCCAUUUGAGCACGGUCCUCUGGCGGGCCAGAUCAGCCACGUUGUGGUGAGCGAGGGGGAUAAUGUGAAGUUCAUCUGCAACAUCGACAACUAUGACAGCACCACCGAGGUGACUUGGUAUUGCGGUGUCAGGCAACUUGAGGCUGGGGACAAAUAUGAAAUUGAAUAUGAAGACGGCCUGGCUGUGAUUACCAUCAGCAAGGUGACAAGGUCAGAUGAUGGCACUUACAGAUGCAAGGUUGUGAAUGAGUACGGGGAGGAUAGUGCCUAUGCAGAGCUGUUCGUCAGCGGGGUCAGAUCCUACCGGGACUACUUCACCUCCCGUGUGGUGAAGAAAACGAAGCGCAGAGUUGACACUGCCAGAAUGCUUCAGAAGCCACCGGAGUUCACCCUUCCUCUGGUUAACCGCACAGCCUACAUUGGUGAGGAUAUUCGCUUCGGUGUCACGAUCACAGUUCACCCUGAGCCUCGUGUUAUCUGGCAUAAGUCUGGACAGAAGCUCAUCCCUGGACAAGAUGACAAGAAAUACACCUUCAUCAGCGAUAAGGGUCUUUACCAGCUCAUCAUCCACCACCUCGAGAAAGAGGAUGACGCCGAGUACAGCGUUGUGGCUCGUAACCGAUUCGGUGACGACAGCUGCAAGGCCCGACUCACCGUUGUUCCUCGACCCAAACCAGCCGACCUCACCCUGAGGCCCAUGUUCAAACGACUGCUGGCCAAUGUCGAGUGCAGGGAGGGUCAGAACGUCCGCUUUGAGAUUAGGGUUUCUGGUCAUCCAGCACUGAAGUGGGAGAAGGACGGCACACCCUUAGCUUUUGGACCAUCCAUUGAGGUUGUCCAUGAGGGUCUGGAUUACUUUAUUCUUCAUGUGAGAGAUACUCUGCCCGAGGACUCUGGUGUGUACAGAGUUACAGCUACCAACUCUGCUGGAUCUGCCAGCUGCCAGGCAACCCUGAAAGUAGAGCGCUCCACUCAUGUGAAAAAGGAAUAUGAGCCCAGCGAAAAGGACAGGCAAAAAGCAGCUGAACAAGAGCAAAUGGACAAAAAGGUCAGAAUUUCUCAGAUUUUGGCAGGCACUGUGGUCACACCUCUACCACCUGCAGCAGUGCAGGCCGUCAGGGAGGCAGCCACCAUGUUCAAACCUGCUGUUACAACCAAGAAGGGUGAGAAGACAGCGGCUGAGAUACAGAAAGAAAAAGAGGAGAGGAAGAAGCGGGCCGAUGAGAAGAGGCUCCGCAUGCCUUAUGUGGUCCCUACUCCUCGUGUCAUCAACCCAGCUUCCCUGGAAGAGGAUGUGGAAAUAAAACACUUCCAGCCGCUCUCUGACAUGAAAUGGUACAAGAAGCUCCGGGAUCAGUACGAGUUCCCAGAGCCGAUGGAGAAAAUCACCCAGAAGAGGAUGAAGCGCAUUCGGCUCUCCAGGUGGGAGCAAUUCUACGAGGUGCCCAUCAGGAUCAAGGAACAAUACAAACCGAAAUGGCGUAUCAGCUCCUUGACUCAGGAUGACCUGGAGACAGUGAGGCCUGCAAGGCAUCGCACUCCUUCCCCUGAGCUGGAGGCCUACCGUAGGAUCAGGAGGAGGUCUCUGGGUGACUUCUCAGACGAGGAACUGCUGCUGCCUGUGGAUGAAUAUUUGUCCAUGAAGAGAACAGAGGAGGAGAGGCUUCGUCUGGAGGAGGAGCUGGAGCUUGGUUACUCCGCCUCCCCACCCAGCCUCAGCCCGGUUCGCUUCGAGCUGGCUGCCCUACGGCCUUCGUCCCCAAGAAGAGUCUACAGCGAUGACGAAGAGGGAGAAGAGAUCCAGAGAUAUGACUCCUAUAAGAUUCCAUCCAAGUACGAGGCCGGCCCAAGCUUUGUUGACCUCCGUCAGCGCCACGACAAAGCAACAUACAAACCUCCCAGACAGAAGCAGAGGGUGUAUGAAGAGAGGGAAGAUCAGGAGCUGCUGCGGCCGCACACCACCACUCAGAGGAUCUCAACUUACAAGAGUCAGCUCAAACGCAUGGACUUUGAGGAGAAGACAAGAACUUUGAAGAAGGAAGCUUCUGCAACAGUUUCAACCUUUUCUGAAGCCACUGAAUCCGAACAUCUGACUUCGUUUACCUCAGAGUACAUCCCUAAACCCAUCAAGAAGCUCCCUGAACCUGAGCCUGAAAGGAGGAGGUCCCCAGAAAAGGCAGUGAAAACAGAUGUCUCUUUUCCUAAAGUGGACUUUAUGUCCAGGUAUGAGGAGAGGAAGCAGGCUCUCCGAUCAGAGAGGAGAUCAGUGGAGAGGAGGGUGGAGGUGGUCACUCAGGCCCCCUUCAGUCUUGACCACGCCCCACGUAUAACCAUCAGGAUGCGCUCUCAUCGUGUACCCUAUGGCACCAACACGAAGUUUACCCUGAACAUCCAAGCCAAGCCUGAGCCAGAGGUUCAGUGGUUCCACAAUGGAAAAGAGAUCUCUCAGAGCACCAAAUACCACAUGACCAACAUAAGUGGUGUCCUGACUCUCCACAUCAUCAACUGUGUAACUGAAGACUCUGGAACCUACCGUGUGGUCUGUAGGAAUGCUAAAGGAGAGACUUCCGACUAUGCCACAUUGGAUGUUUCAGGAGAGGAAUAUGCUGCUUAUUCAUCCUUCCGCAAAGAGGAGGAACCUCCAUCUGCUUAUAUGCCAGAGAUGACUCGCACAGAGGUUUACCACGUGUCUUCCUCCAAAACAUCUGUGAAGGAAGUCGUGACUGAAACUGUGAUGGAAACCACCUCUGUCACUGAGCCGGAGCCACGUGAGAAGCCAAGCGCUCCUGCCACUAUCCUGACCAAACCACGAUCCGUGACUGUGGACGAGGGAGAAAACGUCCGAUUUGAGUGCGAUGUUGAUGGAGAACCAGCGCCCUCUAUCCGCUGGAUGCACGAGGGGGCAGAUGUGGCUCCCUCUGCCCGCCACCACAUAGUCUCUACUCAGUACAGCUCUAGCUUCGAGAUCAAUGCCGUUGAGAUGUCAGAUGAAGGCAGCUACACGCUCCUGGUGGAAAACGCUGGAGGAAAACAGGAGGCCUAUUUCACUCUUACGAUUCGCAAAGCCAGUAAAGUCUCCAUCCUCACCAACAUCUCCAACUCCAAAGUCCCCAACGCCAAAGUCCCCAACGCCAAAGUCCCCAACGCCAAAGUCCCCAACUCCAAAGUCUCCUACACCAAUAUCUCCUACUCCCAAAUCCCCAACGCCAAAGUCUCCUACUCCCAAAUCCCCAACGCCAUCUGA